CCCGCUCGCGGAGCCCGGUGCCUGCGGGGUCACCGCUGAGAAUCGCGUUCCUCCCGCCGGCUUUAGGAGGCUGCUACUACCGCCAUAGAAGCAAGCAGGGUACGUGAAAUGGCAGCAGAUGACAAGCGGUCUCCAACACUGGAUUCUACCAGUGAUCUACCUCGUUCUCCUAGCAGUCCAUCUCACCUCACUCACUUCAAACCCCUGACUCCUGACCAGGAUGAGCCUCCUUUUAAAUCAGCGUACAGCUCUUUUGUAAAUCUCUUCCGUUUCAGCAAGGAUGAUGGCAGGCUUUCAUCCCCAGCGGAGAGAGCAGAAGCAGCACAGACUGAUUCGCAGGCACUGAGCAGCAGCUGGUCCAGUCCUCAGCAUCCCCCCAGGGCUCAGUCUCUGAGAUCACCAGUUACGUACAAAAAACAACUAACUAGUGAGCUGCAAAGAAGAUCUUCCUCAACCCUAGACAAUCGAAGGAAAGCGGAACCUCCUCUUGGAGGUCAUGAUCCUCGAACAGCAGUUCAGUUAAGAAGCCUCAGCACUGUCUUAAAACGCCUCAAAGAAAUCAUGGAAGGGAAGAGCCAGGACAGUGACUUGAAGCAGUACUGGAUGCCUGACAGCCAGUGCAAAGAGUGCUAUGACUGUAGUGAGAAAUUCACCACCUUCCGUCGGAGGCACCACUGUCGACUCUGUGGGCAGAUCUUCUGUAGUAGAUGCUGCAAUCAAGAAAUCCCUGGAAAAUUCAUGGGCUACACAGGGGAUCUCCGAGCCUGUACUUACUGCCGCAAAAUAGCCUUAAGCUAUGCACACUCCACAGAUAGCAAUUCCAUUGGAGAAGAUUUAAAUGCUCUGUCAGAUUCUGCGUGUUCAGUGUCAGUGUUGGAUCCGGGUGAGCCUCGCACUCCAGUUGGGAGCCGUAAAGCAAGCCGCAACAUCUUUCUGGAGGAGGAUCUAACCUGGCAAAGUUUGAUUCACCCAGACUCUUCAACUACAGCACUGUCUGCACGCCUUGGGUCUGUCCAGGAGGAUGCAGGGAAGUCUCCAGCUAGGAAUAGGUCAGCCAGCAUCACUAACCUGUCGUUGGAUCGGUCGGGUUCACCAAUGGUGCCUUCCUAUGAGACAUCCGUCAGCCCCCAGGCCAGUCGCACACACAUGAAGGCAGAGACCAGCGAGGAUGAGCGUAAAAUCCUUCUGGAUUCAGUCCAGCUGAAAGAUCUGUGGAAGAAAAUCUGCCAUCACAGUAGUGGGAUGGAGUUCCAAGACCAUCGCUACUGGCUGCGGACACAUCCCAACUGCAUUGUGGGAAAAGAGCUGGUGAACUGGCUCAUCAGAAAUGGACACAUAACCACAAGGGUUCAAGCCAUUGCUAUUGGGCAAGCACUAGUUGAUGGACGCUGGCUAGAUUGUGUCAGUCAUCAUGAUCAGCUCUUCAGAGACGAGUAUGCCCUGUACCGACCAUUACAGAGCACAGAGUUUUCGGAAACCCCCUCUCCAGAUAGCGACUCCGUGAACUCUGUAGAGGGGCACUCAGAGCCAUCCUGGUUCAAAGACAUCAAAUUUGAUGACAGUGACACAGAGCAGAUUGCUGAUGAAGGAGAAGAUAACUUGGCCAACUCCGCCAGCCCUAGCAAGCGCACUUCAGUCAGCAGCUUCCAGUCCACAAUGGACAGUGAUUCAGCCGCCUCCAUCAGCCUGAACGUGGAGAUGGACAACGUGAACUUCCAUAUCAAGAAGCACUCCAAGUACCCACAUGUGCCCCCUCACCCUGCCGACCAAAAAGAGUACUUGAAUCCUGACAACGGAGGGCAGCAGAUGUUCUCUAUAAGUGAUGCUUUUAUUAAAGAAUCAUUAUUCAAUAGGAGGGUGGAGGAGAAGUCCAAAGAACUCUUUUUCACACCGCUAGGCUGGCACCACAGCAAUCUGGAUCUGCUGAGAGAAGAGAAUGGGGAGAAACAAGCCAUGGAAAGGCUGCUCUCUGCUAACCACAACCACAUGAUGGCACUGCUUCAGCAACUUCUGUACAAUGAGUCGCUGUCACUGUCAUGGAGGGAUAUCAUUGUACCUGUGGUCUGUCAGGUCGUUCAAACUGUAAGGCCUGAUGUCAAGAACAGAGAUGAUGACAUGGAUAUCCGCCAGUUUGUCCACAUCAAAAAAAUCCCUGGUGGAAAGAAGUUUGACUCCAUGGUGGUGAAUGGAUUUGUAUGCACUAAGAAUAUUGCACAUAAGAAGAUGAACUCUUGCAUAAAAAAUCCCAAAAUUCUUCUGCUGAAGUGCUCAAUAGAGUACCUUUAUAGAGAAGAAACAAAAUUUACCUGCAUAGAUCCUAUAGUACUUCAGGAGAGGGAGUUCCUGAAGAACUAUGUGCAACGGAUAGUUGAUGUCAGGCCUAAUUUGGUCCUUGUUGAAAAGACUGUGUCUCGAAUCGCCCAGGACAUGCUGCUAGAGCAUGGUAUCACCCUAGUCAUCAAUGUCAAGCCGCAAGUGUUAGACCGUGUAAGUCGAAUGACUCAGGGAGACUUGGUGAUGUCAAUGGAUCAACUGUUGACCAAGCCACGUUUGGGAACCUGUCAUAAAUUUUACAUGCAAGUGUUUCAGUUGCCCUAUGAUCAAACAAAAACUCUAAUGUUCUUUGAAGGGUGUCCUCAGCACCUGGGUUGCACUAUCAAGUUGUGUGGUGCUGCAGAGUAUGAACUGGCCCGUGUGAAGGAGAUCUUGAUCUUUAUGAUCUGUGUGGCUUAUCAUUCCCAGCUAGAAAUCUCUUUCCUUAUGGAUGAGUUUGCCAUGCCCCCUACUCUCACCAAAAACACUUCCUUUCACUCCCUUAUUGAGGAACCAGGAGAUGAAAAUGAACAACAGGACCGGUUCAAUGGUGAGGAUUUCAGCACGGUGAUCAGAGACAUUGAGCCCUCAGCUGAAAAGCUUCCCGUGAUCUCUGAGUCAGUAUCAUCUGAUGAGGUCACCCUGCUUGAACAAAGAGGUUUAUUUGAGAGAGGUGACCAAGAGAACAGUCAGCUGGAAACAGUGCCCUCAAAACAGCAAGAGCACCACAAAAUGGAGUCGUCAUUUCCAGUGUUUCACUCCGUACCUCCGGCAGUACCUGAAACAUCUCUGCUCCCCCUCCAUGGCAUGGACCAACACUUGGUGACUCUGGACAGCCAACCACUGGAGCCUCUUCAACAGGCAGAUGAUCUGCAGGAAUCCAAGAAUCAGAUGAGAGUCUUCAGAGACCCUCUCCAGGAUGAUACUGGUUUAUAUGUUACGGAAGAGAUAACGUCUUCUGAGGAUCGUCUCAAGACGUACUCUGCAGCAUUUAAGCAGGAGCUGAAAGAUGUUAUUCUCUCUAUUUCUCCUGUAAUGGUGUUCCGUGAACCGUUUCUAUUGACUGAAAAAGGCAUGAGAUGCCCUGCUCGAGAAUACUUCCCUGAGCAAGUUUAUUGGUCUCCUCUCCUUAAUAAGGAGUACAAGGAGUUGGAGAGUAGAAGGAAGAGACAAUUAUUGCGGGAUCUCUCUGGACUACAAGGGAUGAAUGGGAGUGUCCAAGCCAAGGCUAUCCAAAUUUUACCUUCCCAUGAGCUGGUCAGUACUAGAAUAGCAGAGCAUCUAGGUGAUAGCCAGAGUUUAGCCAGAAUGCUGGCUGACUAUCGAGCCAGGGGAGGGAGGAUACUACAGAGAAGCACAGAUCCCUUUGCCCAAAUUAAGGAUGUAUCCAGUGCCCCUGCUGGAAGAACUGGAUACAAAAUUGAAGAGGAUGAGAAAGGACUAGCUCAAAGUGAAUCCUCCUGGUCUCAUAAGGUGGAUUGCUUGAGUCCAGUAAACCAUCAGAGGCUCUGUGUUCUCUUCAGUAGCUCUUCUGCGCAGUCCAGCAAUGCUCCAAGUGCCUGUGUCAGCCCCUGGAUUGUGACCAUGGAAUUCUAUGGAAAAAAUGACCUGACUCUAGGGAUUUUUCUGGAGCGCUACUGUUUUAGGCCUUCAUAUCAGUGCCCCAGCAUGUUCUGUGAAACGCCAAUGGUGCACCACAUUCGUCGCUUUGUACAUGGGCAAGGAUGCGUGCAAAUUGUGUUAAAGGAGCUGGACUCCCCAGUCCCUGGGUACCAGCACACAAUUCUUACUUAUUCCUGGUGUAGGCUGUGCAAACAGGUGACACCAGUUGUUCCCCUUUCUAGUGAUUCUUGGUCUAUGUCUUUUGCAAAAUACCUUGAGCUGAGAUUCUAUGGGCACCAGUACACACGAAGGGCCAAUGCAGAGCCUUGUGGUCAUUCCAUUCACCAUGACUAUCACCAGUAUUUUUCUUACAAUCAGAUGGUGGCAUCUUUCAGCUACUCUCCAAUCCGUCUACUUGAAGUAUGUGUCCCACUACCCAAGAUCUAUAUCAAACGGCAGGCUCCACUAAAAGUUACAAUUUUGCAGGAUCUUAAGGACUUCUCUCAAAAGGUGUCCCAAGUGUACCUUGCUGUUGAUGAUCGCCUUGCUUCUCUGAAAACUGACACUUUCAGCAAAACAAGGGAAGAGAAAAUGGAAGAUCUGUUUGCACAAAAGGAGAUGGAAGAGGGGGAAUUUCGAAACUGGACUGAGAAGAUUCAGGCAAGGCUCCUUUCAUCAUCAGUGGACACACCUCAACAGCUACAAUCUAUUUUUGAGUCUCUGAUUGCUAAAAAGCAAGGACUCUGUGAAAUGCUACAAGCCUGGAAUAGUAGAUUGCAGGAUCUUUUCCAGCAAGAGAAAGGGAGAAAACGCCCCUCAGUACCACCUAGCCCUGGAAGACUGAGGCAAGGUGAAGAAAGCAAGAUCAGCAGCAUGGAUGCUUCCCCACGCAAUGUUUCUCCAGCACUGCAAAAUGGAGAAAAAGAGGAUCGUUUCCUGACUACUUUAUCAAGUCAGAGCUCCACAGGCUCCACUCAUCUUCAGUUGCCCACUCCUCCAGAGGUUGUAUCUGAACAACUGACUGGUGCCAACACGCUUUCUGAACAGGAUACAACCAGUAGCUCAGAAGAUGUGUUUGAUGGACACUCACUGGGAUCUACUGACAGCCAAGUGAAAGAGAAGUCUACUAUGAAAGCAAUUUUGGCGAACUUAUUGCCUGGGAACAAUUAUAACCCCAUUCCAUUUCCCUUACCUCUCCCAAGGGUUGGACUCAAAUGGGCGUUGUCUGGGUGUAGUGACCCAGAUAAGCACUACCUAAUGUAUGAGCAUGAACGCGUACCUAUUGCAGUCUGUGAGAAAGAACCAAGCUCCAUCAUAGCUUUUGCUCUCAGUUGCAAGGAAUAUAGAAAUGCCCUUGAUGAGUUGUCCAAAGCAUCUCCAAAAAACGGUACUGAAGAAGGACUACAGCCAAACAGUAUGUCAGAUGGCAAACCGAAGAGUGGUAGUCCUGUGCGCCUGCCUGAGGCUAACAUGGGUCCUUCAAAUCGUGCUGCUGAAAUGGAACAACCAAAGAAACCAUCUAGUGUUUUGUCUUUCUUCCGUGGCACGGGAGGAAAGAGCCCAGACCUGUCUUCCCAGAAGAAGGAGACCUUACGUGGUGCUGACAGUGCCUACUACCAGGUUGGACAGAUGGGUAAAGAGGGAGCAGAGAACCAAGGAGCAGAGCCACAAGAUGAGGUGGAUGGAGGAGAUGGACAGAAGAAGCAGCUGGUGAAUCCCCAUGUGGAACUCCAGUUCUCAGAUGCGAAUGCCAAGUUCUACUGCAGGAUUUAUUAUGCUGGUGAGUUUCACAAGAUGCGUGAAGUGAUACUGGGGAGCAGUGAAGAGGACUUCAUCCGCUCCCUCUCUCACUCAAUGCCCUGGCAGGCAAGAGGUGGCAAAUCUGGGGCUGCAUUCUAUGUGACUGAAGAUGAUAGAUUCAUCUUGAAGCAGAUGCCUCGCCUGGAAGUCCAGUCAUUCCUCGACUUUGCUCCGCACUACUUCACUUACAUCACUAAUGCAGUUCAGCAGAAGAAGCCCACAGCACUGGCCAAAAUCCUUGGAGUGUAUCGAAUUGGGUACAAGAACUCUCAAAACAACACUGAAAAGAAACUGGAUCUGCUUGUCAUGGAAAACCUUUUCUAUGGAAGGAAAAUGGCUCAGGUUUUUGACUUAAAGGGCUCCCUCCGGAAUAGAAAUGUUAAAACAGACACAGGGAAAGAGAGCUGUGAUGUAGUUCUGUUGGAUGAGAACCUUCUGAAGAUGGUCCGUGACAACCCUUUGUACAUCCGUUCCCACUGCAAGGCUGUGCUGAGAGCUUCUAUACACAGUGAUUCCCAGUUCCUCUCCAGCCACCUCAUCAUAGACUAUUCCCUGCUGGUGGGUCGUGACGAUACAAACAAUGAGCUGGUUGUUGGGAUCAUUGACUAUAUUCGCACUUUUACUUGGGACAAAAAACUUGAAAUGGUGGUGAAGUCAACUGGCAUCUUGGGGGGACAAGGUAAGAUGCCAACUGUGGUCUCUCCGGAACUGUACCGGACCAGGUUUUGUGAAGCUAUGGACAAGUAUUUCCUGAUGGUGCCAGACCAUUGGACAGGGCUCGGCCUGAAUUGCUAAACUGAAGCCCGUAUUGGCAAAGCACAGAGGACAAUGAUGUUACAGGUCACUCUUUUUCUGUGGUCUGCCCAGCAGUAAGCAAGAGGAUUCCAUAUCUGCACUGACCACGUGCGUCAUGUUGCAAGGUGUGAAAUUUGCUUGUUGCACUUUAAUCCUUUCUUGAAGGAUGAUGAGUGGGCCAGUCUCAUCAAGGAUUUAAGCUGUAAGGUACUGCUGAAGAGCACUGAUAAGAGACUUUCCCUCUGUCUGUAGGGAAGGUGGUGAUAUCUCCACGUAUGAGCAUUGAAACCAACACUAUCUCUUUCAUGGUGGUACAGAAGUACAUGAUCUCUAUAAGUCUUGCACUCCUUAAUUGGUGUUGAGUAUGAGUAGCUCAUGUCUCUGUAGUGGAUGUGUGGUAUUGCAAAUGUGAAAUAAGCACUCCUGCCCCAUGUGGAUGGGUGAAGGAAGAAUCAAGUUCAUUCUGAAGUUACGCCAUGGUUGCAGUGAUCUGUAGUUGACCUGUUUAGGACCCAAGAAUAACUUAUGUGCAUGCUUCUUUUUUUUUUUUUUUAAAGGCAGCUCCACAGCUCUGAUGCCAUAACUCUCUAAAUCACUACAAUUUGUAAGUUACAGAACUGCAGUACACAUCUGUCUCUUGUAAUUUGAUUUUUAGCAGAAUCCCAUACAAAUGGGUUGUCAGUGAUCAGCAUAUUGCAAACCUCAAUAUGUAUGCCUUCAAUCCUAAACAAGAAUUUGAUUUAAAUGUUGCCCAACUCUUUGGAAACAGGUAACUAAAACUGUACCUUUUAUGUAAGAAAGCUCAGUUGUAGUUACAAAACUGUUCCCUUAGCAGAAAGCACCAAAUUGCUUGAUGAAAUGCAUGCUACCUUACAUUGACAACUUUCUCCUUAAUGAAACCGUUGUUCCUGGCAGAUCACUUCAAAUCCAUUUCAGUUUCCAAAGCCUUUCAAACAGUGAAACAAUGCAUUUACCUCAUCGUGGAAUUUUGCCAGGACAAUGCUUUUCUUGUAUUUGUGAUAUAUUGAUGAGAAUAAGCAUCCUGAUCUCAUUUAACUGCGCCAUUCCUAUGUAAAACCUCUCUUUAGCAGUAUUAGACCUUUUUUUUGCACCACUGAGAUGAUGAAUGUAGUCUUCUGUAAAAUGAAAAACCUGAAUAUAAUAGGUAUUUUGUAUGUAUGGUGGUUCAGAUAUGCAGAGACCUGAGAAUCUCUGCAUUAUGACAAUAAGCACUUCUUUCCGUUUUUAUUAUUUUUUACCUGUUUUUGUAGGUGGCAAGCUUACUUUUUAGCUUCAGAAUAAUAUAGGCCAGUAAAUAAGAAUUUAUUUUUUUAUGUGAGUUUGAGAGGCAAGAGUAGUGUCUUUGGACUUCCACUCUCUGGUGGGAGGACUGACUUCAAACAUGGGACAGCGUAGCUCUUUAUGAAUUACUCAUUCUGACCAAUUAGUUGCCUGCUAAUGCCAUCUUUACUGUAACUGCGAGUCAAAACAUGCAUUUUAUUCACUCUUCUUCCCACUUUCAGUAUUUUCUUUUGCAGCGGAUGGUUGUGGUUCUGUUCAGGAGUAACAUCUGGGCAGCACUGAAAAGAAAAUGACUGAGAUCUGAGCUGUAGGAUUUGAAAGCAACCAGUGCAGUUCAGAUCUGAGCUGCUAGGAGGCAACAGUCAGUUAUAUUGGAAGUUUUUCCCCUUCCCUGAGCUGUAUUGCAAAGCAUUUCUGAACGAUGAGCAAAGGUGCUGACCUUGAAGCAGCAGAAAUGAAAGUAUUCUCACUUCUCGUCCCAUGGAAUCAGUUUCUGGGGACGUAGUGUGGAAAGCUGCAGUGGUGUGUGCUGUGGAAAGAUGACACAGUAGUGCUUGAUUUCUCUGGCACAGAAUCUCUCUAGUUUAGUACAGUGCUUCGAGUGAACAUUACCUCUGGAACACAUCUUGUCUCCUACGUUGAUAUGCACUCCUGAGCUGGUUAGUUUUUUGUUGUAGGCCCUUGUGUGUAAUGAAGAACCAACCUAUCCAUCAGCUCAAUGCUAAUCAUUUCUGUGGCUUUGAAUGUUUGUCUAUUGAUGUGGAAGAAAGAGUGUGAUACGUAGCCUGAAUCUUUUCUGGUCUCCAUUACAGUUUACAUGUGUUCUUUUUUCUUCCCCUUCGAAAGUUUACAGAGAAAAAUUUGUCUUGUCUGAAAUCUAAGGUGACCCAACCUUAGUCAGUAUGUGCAGUGGCUGGUGGACCAUGAGUUUGGGCAGUGUCAUGACAUCUGCACUAAGCUGAUGUAGAACUGGGAUGUGCUAGCUCUGUUUUGUCACCAGUAACCCUUACUCAAGUGCUAUGUAGCUGUUCUGUACUGUGUGUCUUCCAGAGUCUCAAGCAGCUGGCUGUAAAAACAACCUGGUCAUCUAAUUGUGGCUACUAUUCUCCGGUACAUGAUCGAAUGAGGCCAUUGGCAGUGUAGAGAAUGAGAGAACCUUCCAUUCUGGCCAGCUGUUUUGUAGCCUGUGAAUGCAGAGCCUGGAUGUGUGAAUUUAAGCCUUUUGGAGCUAAAGUCAUAGCAGUUGGGGAGGCUGGUAAGAAUGAUCUUGAUCUGGAAUCAGUGUCUAGACUUUGGAUCUAGUCAUAGGUAAAAUAGUAGUGUUAACUGGAACUGGGACAUCUUUGGGUGCUACUUAACCUGAGGUGGUAAGCAUUUCUAAUUAAAAUCCCAGAAGCUGGACAGAUCUCCCAAGAAGUUCUCUUCAGAAUAAGAAUUGUCCUUGCAUUUCACUUGCUACGAAGCUGGAUUUCUAAGAAAAGCAGUAGUUUUUGCAGAAGAUGUCUUUGAGAGACCUCUUUGUUAGACCUGUGAACUUGCAGCAUAUGCAAGGAUGUCCUAAAGGAAUAGUCUGGGUGUUAAAUGAGCCCUUUGAUUAGAGUAUUUCAUUUCUUGUUAACACAGGUUUAGUAUGUGUGUGUAAACAAAAUCCAAUUGUAAAUGCAAAGACUGCAUCCUUUCUGAGUUAGGCUGGCUCUUGUGUUUUGAUCUGUGACAGACAUCUAAAUCUUGUGGUGACUUGUCUACAUGAUCCUCAUAAGCAGCAAAAUGUCUUGUGGUGACCUAGAGCUGCAUUCUGUCCCCAGACACACACACAAGGGACUCUUUCUGUGUUAAGGAGCUCCACUAGGCUCAGGUGGAGUUACCUGUAGAAUAAGUGGUCUGUCCUCUGUGAGAAUGACCAAAACCAAAUUAAUCACUCACUGGUAGGAGUCUGGACUACUCAAAGCACUUAAUGUAUCAUAAUGUAUGUAUUCCUAAUUUACGUUGCUUAAACUGUAUUUUAUAAAAUUGAUGUACUAAACUAUUUGAGAGUAACUACCUUGAUUACUUGGAGAAUCGAAAUGUAAUGUAUAUAGAUAAAAAUACAAAUAAAGUGACUAAAAUAUA